AUGGACGGUACUAGGGUAACCUCCUCGCUGGAACGAUCCGCUCCGGCUCCUUUGCAAGAUGAGGCGGAAGUGCCUCUGGAUUCGUCCAAUCUCGUGGCUCCCAGUGUGAGCUCUAUCGUAUCAAUGGUUCGAAACCAAGAGGCAGCAGCAGAAGAAGAACAACAACAGCAAGAAGGUCCCAUUCUGGUACAAUGGACGCAGUUCACGUCUACCAUCCACAGAGGGAUUUCCCAUGCGGUGGUGAAACUUUCUUGUCUAGCUGCUCGCAACCCCAAGACGGUAGUCGCACUUGUCUGCUUCUUGUCAGUGGCACUGCCUCUAUUGGGUCUCUUGACGAAUCUACAAAUCGAAGUCGAGCAAGAAGCCAUCAUUUCGCCGUUUAACUCUCUGAGUCGAAAGCACUCUGAUUGGAUCCAAGAACAAGCUGGCUUUCCACAGCCUACCAGACCCUUUGACUUGUUGGUGCACCGCAAUGGUGAUACCGUGUUGGAUGUAAACACCAUGCGCAAAGUGUUUGAGGCGCUGGAAAUCUUUCAAGCGACGCCCGGAUACGCCAAGAUUUGUGCCUCGAGUGAUUAUGAGAUACCCAACACGGGCCAACGAACCUGUCGGAUCAAUGCAGCGACUCGCUUCUGGUGGCAUAAUAGUACCCUCUUUGAAGAGCAAGUGAAAAGUGAAGCAGAUCUUAUCCGAAUUCUCUCGGCCGAUGAAUAUCCUCUGGGGACUCCUGUGGGUGAUCAUGACUUUAUUCUAGGGAAUUAUCAAAUGAUGAUGCAAGCGGAACAGCCCGAGCAGAAGAAGAAUAGUACCGUCACAACCACAACAACCAACGUCUUGACAUCGGCUCAAUCCUACAUUAUCCGUAUCGAUGUUCCUGUUGUGGAAGGCAGGAGCCCCUUUGCCUUUGAAGACGCUGUCACGGAAGUACUCAUUGACAUCCGGCAGGCAUGGGACGAGGACGAAUCGCACAAAAUUCAUCUCGAAUUCUUCACCUUUCGAUCCAUCCACAAGGAGUUCACCAGAGCCAUUGCCAACGAUUUACCGCUUUACCCGGCAGUGUUCUUUAUCAUGUGUGGGUUUGCUUGUCUUACGUUUUAUCGAAAGGACAGAGUGCGAUCGAGAUGUUUGUUGGGCAUUGGAGCUGUCGUGACGGUUCUACUAAGUCUCAUGUCCGGCAUGGGACUGCUCUUUGUGAUUGGCGUUCCGUUGACAAACCUUACGGGGAGUCUGGCUUUUGUUGUCUUUGGAGUGGGCUUGGACGAUACGUUUAUCAUAAUGGGCCAUUACAACCGCACGGAUCCUCGCAAAUCUCCGGUGGAACGCGUGGAGGAAACAAUGGAAGUUGUGGGAUUGUCAAUCUUUGUCACUACUGUGACCACCAUGAUGGCCUUUGGCUUGGGAACUCUGUCCGCGGUUCCUGCCAUCAACUGGUUGUGCUGGUAUGCCUGGCCCACCAUCCUUAUCGAUUUCCUGUAUCAGAUCACCUUUUACAUCGCAUUGGUCAUACUGGAUGAAGAAAGGAUCAUGGCUAACCGUCGAGAUUGCCUUGUUUGCAUCACUGUACCACCACGAAAGCAAAUGGACACGCAGAAAUCGGCUCCCUCGGAGGAAGAGAAAGAGGAAGAAUGUGAUGAAUUGGAGCCUGACAGUCUCAGCGGUCAAGACGAGGAAGAAGAGGUCGCACAGACUGGCAAAACUUAUCAAGAACGUUUCAUGGAAUCCUACGCCAAGUUCCUGCUCCGACCUAAAGUCAAGAUUGCUGUCAUUGCUGCGUUUCUCAUUUACUUUGGCAUUGCAUUGUAUUUUGCCACUUUGCUGGAGCAAGAGUUCAAACCGCAGGAAAUCGUGCCCGGAGAUUCUUACGUGAAAGGUUUUCUGAAUGGCGUGAACCAGUACAGCAAACAGGUCAUCAUUGUUGGAGCCUACUUUCGCAACGUCGACCAAUCCAACAGCACAACGCAGGACUCUAUGCGUGAGUACAUUGAGAAGCUGGGCAACUUGUCUCAAAUCAAUGAACAGCCACCGUUUUGUUGGGUACGUGACUUUCAAGAAAUCCAAAAGAAUUAUGCAGCCAUGGCCGAGACACUGCAAGAGCUCCCCUUCAGUGAACAACUCGACUUUGCACUGUCCAUCCCAGCCAUCAAAGAAGUUUACGGCAGUGACAUUGUCGUCGAUGCCGAGUCGGGGAACAUCACAGCAUCUCGUUGUUGGCUCUUCAUGAAGCAUUUGGAUCUGCAAGAUGUGGAAGAACAGACUAAAAUGCUCCUGGAUCAACGCCGACUAUCGCGUGAUCAGCUCGAGAACCAAGGAACGUCAGAGUUUGCAUUCUUUUCAUUUGACAUUUGGUAUAUCAUUUGGGAGUUUUAUAACGUUGCCCUGAACGAGCUCAUCCUGACGACGAUUGGCGGGAUUGUAGCUGUGAGCAUCGUGGCGUUCUUCUUCAUACCACACUGGACUGCUGUGUUGUUUGUGUCACCCUUGAUCACAACCCUCUACAUUGACCUUCUCGGAACCUUGUCCAUGGCUGGCGUCAGCGUCAACGUUGUAACCUACGUGUGCCUUGUCAUUUCUGUGGGGCUGUUGGUGGACUUUUUGAUGCACAUGUUGCUCAAGUACUAUGAAUCACACGAGCGAACGCGCGAAGAGAAAGUUAGGGAUACUCUGGUUACCAUGGGCCCUUCCAUUUUGGUUGGAGGUCUAUCAACUUGUUUAGGGGUAGUCCCUUUGGCAUUCAGUGGAAAUGACGUCAACAAAGUGGUGUUCACUUCUUUCUUUGCAAUGGUUACCCUUGGUUUCGUCCAUGGAUUGAUCUUUCUUCCCGUCAUCCUUUCCAUGGUUGGUCCCACAAAUACGCGUUCAAGACAGUUGAAGACUGCGGAGAAAGAGGUGGAAAAGUCAAGCGAUGAUGAAGCAGUUGUAGAGCGUGAGCUCUCGAUGGCGUUCUCUGUGGGAUCGAUCAGCGUUUGA